AUGCCAUUUUUCCGUCGGCGAGAUUUCCCUUUUCCAUCUGGAGGGCCGUCUGGAAGUUUAAAGGAUGAUAACGAUAUCACAUUCGACCCUCUCGCCGUCGCUGCAGUCCUCUCUAAUCCCCGCGCGGAUCGAAGUGCUGCUAGGCUCUACCUUCAAUUGGACCGCAAUGACUACAAAUGGCCCCAUACGAUGAUGGUCGGCGGGACAUUACCACCCAUGAACACCCUCGUCGCGCAUCUUAGCAUGAAUGUCACUUCUAUACAUCCUGCAAUUACUAUGUGUGGGAUAGACAUCAAGCUUAUCCCAGUUCGCUCCGAUAUGAUCUUCAAAGAAUUUCCUGUCAACAAUAGCAACUAUCGCCUUAACGAUUUAGUGGAGUUUAGAUCCUCUGAACUUGCAGGGAAUGACUUUAUGGUUAUAAAUAUGGAUGAUCUGGAUAGCAAGGCGCGACGGAUGCACAAACUCGGCAUGGGACCGUGGCCUGGACGUAUUUUGCUACAUCUUAUUGGGCUUGCGAAUGGUAUUUUGCUCUUGACUGGAGUCGCCUUCAGCGUGCUGACUGCAGAUAUUUGGGCUGGGAUUUUAUUUUUGUUCUACGCUUUACACUGGCUUGCGUCUACUUUCAUCUCAUAUACCCAGAUGAUUCGUAUUGACGUUAAAGGCAAUAUCGUAGAGGACCCAAAGCCUCGAUAUGCAGUCUAUCAGCGUCCGGAAGGUGGAACUGUGAUUUUCAAAGGCCGAAAAGAAACGCUGGAGAGAUGGGCGAGAGAAACUAUGGAGUUUAAUAAGACACCUAAGAUAGUUUUUCUCCAUUGGUUUUGGAUGAUCAGUGGUACAAUGGCCGCAACCGCUUCCGUCGCAUGCAUGGUCAAUAUGCGUGGGUAUAUGCAGCUUGGAUUCCUAGCAGUCUUACUCUAUUCCUCUGCGGCUGAGAUCGUGGCCACGCAAAUCUCACGUCGGCUACAAGCAGCUUCUCGAGGAGAUUUCUCCCAUCAGCUAGUGGAUGGCAAUAUAACACGUACAAAAGGUAUUAUUCGAGCUACAAUUGAGAAUCCAACCAAUUGUAGACUGAAGGGAUUGAAUUGGAUAGCGCUAGAGCUUCUGCCCAAUUGGCCGCUAUAUGAAGAAAUGCUGAGGAUGCUAGCUCGUAUUAAUGAUCUUCAGGACGAGAAUGAAAGGAAUGGGGGCGUGGACAUGGAGGCAGAAGUUGAGAAGGCUAUUAGGAUGUUUACAACGGAGACCACGAAACCUGGCACUGACCCAGCGAGGAUCAUCCUCGCGAGAAGAAUUGCGGACGAAACCCGAGAUGCUUGGGCAGCCGGGUCAGGGCAACAGAUUAAGGAAAAAGAAAGAGUUCAGACUAAGGUCGGGGCUCAUGUAUAA